AUGCCUCCCACCAGCCUGGGGCGGAGGCCCCGGCCUCCUGGGCGCUGCCACAGCAGCACUGUUUCCCCUCCAAUUCCCCGGACCAUGUCACUUCUCAGCAACUAUGAAGGGCUGAGGCAUCAGAUUGAGCGAUUAGUUCGUGAAAAUGAGGAGCUGAAGAAGCUGGUGAGAUUGAUUCGAGAGAACCAUGAGCUGAAGUCAGCCAUAAAAACCCAAGCAAGCACCAUGGGCAUCAGUGGGAUCAACAGCAUGUUCAGCGAGGGAGUGACUAGCCAUGCCUCUCGGACGUCCGAUCACAAGUCUGGACAGAAGUCAGAGGCAGAGAUUGGCAGGAGCCACACCAAAGAGGCAUAUGUGGGUGUCUUUCCACCCGCAGCCCCAGUAUCAACACAAAACCCUGCAUCUGAUGACUUAGGAAUCCUAACCUCAUUGGCUGAAAUUCUGAACAACUCACAGUCCAGCCCUUCGACCAGCAUUUCGACUGGCCCUGCAUCCAGCCCUCUGACCGGUCCUUUGCCUCAUCCUCCGCCCCAUCCUCCAAAUAAUACAAUACCUGGCCGUGUGGCUGUUCUUCCAAACACUCCACUGUUCAGCUUUCUAACUAGCAACCUGAAUAAUCAACUGGCUGAUUCCAUAGCUACAUCUCCAAACAGCUUACUGGCAAAUGCUUUGCCUUACUCCACACCUGCCCCUUUAAGCAGUCCAGCGAUAGCCUCUGAAACUGUCCCUUUGGUUGCUUCUACUAACGGCAGCCUAUCGUCGGGGCCUCUGUCUGGCUCUAUUAACAAUGCACAAAUAGUCAGUCCUAUGACUAGCCCCACAAAAAGCCCUCUUAUGGGCCCCAGUCCCCCAGCAGCCUCUGUAGGCAGUCCACAAACAGGUUCAAUGGCUGUCCCUCCAGUCAGCAUGUUGUCAAGCUCACUGCCAGGCUCUCUGAGUGCUCCCAUGGCUGUGCCUCCGAUCAGUACACCGUCAAGCUCACUGACAGGCUCUCUGAGUGCUCCCAUGGCUGUCCCUCCAAUCAACAUGCUGCCAAGCUCACUACCAGGUUCUCUGGGUGCUCCCAUGGCUAUCCCUCCAAUCAACACACUGUUGAGCUCACUACCAGGUUCUCUGGGUGCUCCCAUGGCUGUCCCUCCAACCACUGCCCUAUCUGGCACAAUAGGCUCAGUAGGUAGCCCUUCAGGCAAUGUGUUGCCCAACUCUAUGGUCAACAACAUGCUACUAAUUGGCCCUGAUCAGCCUUUGGAUGCAACACAUCACAGCUCCUCUAGUCCUCCACCCUCAGCCAACAUUCCUGUUUCCUCUGCCACUAUUCCCAAAGGUAACAGGUGGGGUGGGGUGGGGGGAGUGCCAGGGAAGAAUGAUUGA